CCGAGCACUCGACACAUCACGCCCCCAGCGAAACCGAGCCUAAAACCCAGCGAAACGAGCCCAAACCGCGCGCCCCCGGCACCGAAACACGCCGCGACCCCGAUCCCUUCCAGGCUAAGCAAGGCUCUUCCCCUGCUCCUGCCCGCCUUCCUUCUCUCUCCCGGUCCCGGCGCAUAAAACGAAGCGCGCUCCACACUCCCCAAGCUACAGCCAGCCAGGGAACAAAGCACCCGAACCCCAAAAGGAGAGAACACGAAACCAAAAAACAAAAGCCCAUGGCUGCCUCCGCAGCAGCAAAAGCACCCUCCUCCCCCCGCCGCCGCUGCUAAGCUACCUAUACAUAGCAUCCCACCUUUCCGGCCACACGCCGGCCGGUCCAUGGGUGCGGCGCGUCCGCGGCGCUGGAAGCUGCCGUUCCACCGCGCCGCCGGCGGCACCGGCAGCGCGCCGUGCUCGCCGUCCCCGUCCUCCAGGUCGUCCGCGGCGCCGGCGCCCGCGUCCCCCGCGCGGUCGGAGGCGUGGGCGGCGGAGGCGGUGCCGGAGGAGUUCUUGUGCCCGAUCUCCGGCGCGCUUAUGGCGGACCCCGUGAUACUGGCGUCGGGGAGGACCUACGAGCGGGCCUGCCUCCAGGCCUGCGCGGAGCUUGAGUUCCUGCCCCCCGGCGUGGAGCCCGGGGGCGCGGAGACGGUGAUUCCGAACUCGGCGCUUAAGGCGGCCAUCGGCACCUGGUGCGCGCGCACCGGCCGGGCGGUGCCGGCGUCACCGUCGGCCCAGGCGGCGCGGGAGGCCGUGCUGCGGGCGAUGCCCCAGGCGGCCAAGUCUGUGAGGACGACGGCCAGGCGCCCGGCGGUGAUGGCGGCGAGCUCGUCCAACUCGUCCUACUCGUCCCCGGCGUCCACGUCGUCGUACGGGUCGUCCUCGGAGAUCGUCCCCGCGGAGGAGGAGGAGAACGGCGGGAGCGCGAGGCCAGUCAAGGAGGCGGCGGCGCAGGCGCAGGUAGUCAGGGAGGUGGAGGUGGAGGCGGCGCCGGUCGACCCGCUGGAGGACGAGGUGGUGGCCAAGGUGAUGGACGCGGACGAGGACGGGAUGGUCGCGGCGGCAAUGGGUGCGCUCCGCGAGGCCACGCGCGAGAGCGCGGAGCGGCGGCGCGCGCUGUGCACGCCGCGCCUCCUCGGCGCGCUGCGGCGGGUGCUGCUGCUCCCGCGCCACGCGGCGGCGCGGGUGGACGCGGCGGCGGCCCUCGUCAACCUCUCCCUGGAGCCGGCGAACAAGGUCCGCAUCGUGCGCGCGGGCGCCGUGCCGGCGCUCGUGGAGGUGCUCCGGUCCGGGAACUCGGCGCCCGAGGCGCGGGAGCACGCGGCGGGGGCGCUCUUCGGGCUCGCGCUCAACGAGGACAACCGCGCCGCCAUCGGCGUGCUGGGCGCGGUGCCGCCGCUCCUGGAGCUCCUCACCUCCCCCGCCCACCCACCCCGCGCGCGACGCGACGCCGGGAUGGCGCUCUACCACCUCUCCCUCGCCGCCGUCAACCAGUCUAAGGUGGCGCGCUUCCCGGGCGCGCCCAAGGCGCUCCUCGCCGUGGCCUCCGGAGCCGCCGAGCCGGGGCCCAUCCGCCGGCUGGCGCUCAUGGUGGUCUGCAACGUGGCCGCCUGCUCCGAGGGCCGCGCCGCGCUGAUGGACGCGGGCGCCGUGGCGUCCGUCGCGGGCAUCCUCGACGACGCCGACGGCGGCGGCAGCACCGCGGACCUGGAGGAGUGGUGCGUGUCGGCGAUGUACGCCAUGAGCCGCGGCAGCCUCCGGUUCCGGGGCCUGGCGCGCGCCGCGGGCGCCGACCGAGCGCUCCGUCGCGUGGUGGCCGACGAGGGCGGCGGUGUCCGGCGCGAGAUGGCGCGGAAGACGCUCCGCGCCAUGCGGGGCGACCUAGACGAGGACGGCGAGUACAACGACCUGACGGGAAGCAGCCUCGAGUGCGGCGACGGCGAGGACUGCGGCGGGAGCAUCGUCUCCGACGGGCUCAUGUCGUUCCGGCGCCGGCAGCGCGAGCUCGGCGUGUCGUCCUGCGGCAACACCGCCGAGUUCUGACGACCAACAACAUUCUCCGGCGAUCCUUGUCCAUGGCAAUGAAUGUUUUGUAUGUAAAUUGCUUCGCUUAGGUUCGCAUUACAGCGUUAGGCAUCUGUGGUGUGCUGUGUGAGAGAUCAGACUCAUCAGAGAUGAUGAAAACGUCCAUGGUUUUUGGAACGGUGGCAAUGGCUACUGCUGUGUGAUCUGUGUGACUGCGAGUGAAGCCUGAAGCCUGCUGCGUGUUGGUGCUGAUCUGUCGUGCGGAACGUCAUGUGCAAAGAGAGUGCCACGGGCUCGUGUGCCGGACAAGGCGCGGGGUGGAUGUUGCUUGCAAGUCAGAGCAUGGCUUUGUUCUAUCCGUACUCGCACACCUGCUGAUGCUGCUGGCUGGCAGCUCGUGUCCUUGACGGGCAAUUGUUUUCAGAGCAUGUGUCUCCGUCUGUAAAUCAAACCAUCUUUACGCCCUGAUCUGAUCUUCUGAGUUCUCAUU